AUAGUAGCUGUUUAACGCACAUGUGGAGAAGGUUUAUUCCUGUAACAGCAGUGAUGGCAGUGUGAUACACGAGCCCGUGAAAAUCUGUGUGUUUCUCUUUAGUGGUGGUCACUUUGGAAAAGCGUUUGUCUUGUUUUUGUUUUGUUUUGUUUUAUUUCGCGAGAAGACACGAUGGAGUGUCUAGAAGGAUGCCUGUCGUCUCUGGACGUUAUUUCAAGACACGUAGACAAACAACAUUACAACCAAAUAAGACAGUAUCUGGUGAAGCAGACAUGGGGCCUGCAGGACAGACAGAGUUUACUGGAGUGUCUGGCUCAGCUUCUUCUGGAGAAAGAUCACACCCUGCUGAUUGCUCGACACCUUCGACCUCUGSUCUUGGAGCUGUUGGAGCGGAGUGCAGUGAGGGUCCGAGCUGGUGGCAGGAUCAACCAUGACCUUCAUGAGCGCUUGUGUGUGGCCCUCAGCAAACUUCUCCACAUUUGUCCCGAUGCACAUGUGUUUGCUGCCAGGUAUUUCAGCAGUGCCCCCCCAGUGUUCCAGAGGCUCUUCUUCACCAGUGAACAGUCGUCAGCUGUCCACUACGGCCCGAGGAGGAUGAAGCUCCGCGACCUGAUGGCUGCCACCCUGCGCUUCCUCCAGAGUGACUGCRCCAGGUUUGGGCUGCUGUGGGACUGGAGUCCCUGUGUUUCACAGCUGCUGGUCCGUGAUGCUGUAGUUCGAGGGUACACUGCUCAUUGUUUAGCACUUGUCUCUCACAUGACUGAUAAUCAGAAAAGCAUCUUCCUGAAGAAAGUGCUGACAAAUGAUGAAAUCCUGCUCCUAAAAACAAAGUUUUUGAAGGAAAAUGAAGAGAUGGAGGCAGAAAAAGCCCUGGUGUUAGUCAAUCAGAGGGAAGAGAUGUUGCGCCAGGACAGGAGUCAUAAACCUACGAGAGGUCAAGUGUUUCCUGAGGACCUGUCCCCAAAUGUUGUAGCAGUCUGUGGUGUUGUGCUUCCCAGAGCUGUGCCCGAAGAGCCUGAGCAGGUGGACCUAUCUGAUCUGGUUCUGGUGGACUCAACAUGCCAUAAUCUGAGGAGCCUGGCUUUGGCUGUGGCCUCUCAGAGUCCUGUGCUUCUAGAGGGUCCAAUUGGAUGUGGUAAAACUGCCCUGGUAGAGUAUAUGGCUGCAGUUACAGGGCACACAAAAGCUACGCAGUUUCUCAAAGUCCAGCUUGGAGAUCAAACUGACAGCAAGAUGCUGUUAGGGAUGUACCGCUGCACUGAUAUACCAGGGAAGUUUGUGUGGCAGCCAGGAACACUUACACAAGCUGUGACCAGAGGACAGUGGAUCCUCUUAGAAGAUAUUGACCAUGCACCUUUAGAUGUGAUAUCUGUGCUGCUGCCUUUGAUGGAAAAUAAAAAGUUGGUGAUUCCAGGACGGGAUGAUUGCAUUGAUGUUGCUCCUGGAUUUCAGUUCUUUGCAACCAGAAGGACYUACCACAGUGGUGGUAGUUGGCAUACACCUCUGAACUCCCAUGCAGCACUGCUGGACAAAUACUGGACUAAACUACAUAUGAGCAACAUGAGCCCAGGAGAGCUGAAGAAGGUACUUGACAGCAGGUUCCCCGUGCUAACGAUGGUGUCAGAUCAUCUGCUGAACAUCUACUGCCAGCUGAUCGGAGUCAGACAUUCAGGCACCCCGGAGCAUCCUGAUGGCAGCCCUCAGGAUAUCCCUGAGGACCAAAGCACUCCGCUGGAAGGGAGACAUUUGUCCCUGAGGGACCUCCUGAAAUGGUGUGAGCGGAUCAGUCUCAACUUUGACAGCACAUCAGCUGCUAAAGCACAGCAUGUCUUCCAAGAGGCUCUUGACUGCUUUACAGCCGUGCUGUCCUGUCCUGAACGUCGACUGCAAAUGUCCGAGACCAUUGGAAGCAAACUCAACAUCUCCAAAGAGAAGGCCCAGUACUUCUGCAAAAUGUACCAGCCUGCCAUGGUUCUGACAGAACUCCAGGCCUCAGUGGGCAGAGCCAGUCUGGAUCGAAAGCAGGCCAAGGCUGUCCAGCUGGUUGUAGAUAAGCAAACAUUUGCUGCCACUCGACCCUCGGCGGUUCUGCUGGAACAGCUGGCAGUCUGUGUGGCCAAAGGAGAGCCAGUCCUGCUUGUGGGCGAGACCGGAACAGGAAAGACCUCUACUGUACAGCAUCUGGCCACAAUGACAGGACACAAGUUGCGGGUCGUAAAUAUGAACCAGCAAAGUGAUACAGCUGACCUUCUUGGAGGGUACAAGCCUGUAGACCACAAACAGAUUGUGCUGCCUCUCAGGGAGGCCUUCGAGGACCUGUUUUCCCAGACUUACUCCAGGAACCAGAACCUAACCUUCUUGGGUCACGUGCAGACCUGCUUUAGGGGGAAACGCUGGCAGGACCUGCUCAGGCUCAUGGAGCACGUCUGCAAAUCUGCUUUGGCCAAUGAGCUGAAGAAGAAACGAAACGCUGCCUCUCUGAAGAAACAGUGGGAGGUGCUGGCUUCCAAACUGAGUCAGACUCAGCAGCAGAUGCGAACCUGUGAGACGACCAUGGUAUUUGCUUUUGUGGAGGGAACUUUAGCCCAGGCUGUGAAGAAGGGCCACUGGAUCCUGCUAGAUGAGAUCAACCUGGCAGCAGCAGAGACUCUGGAGUGUCUGAGUGGACUGCUGGAGGGCAGGGCUGGAUCUCUGGUGCUGCUCGACCGUGGAGACACAGAGCCACUGGUUCGACACCCAGAUUUCCGUCUCUUUGCAUGCAUGAACCCAGCUACUGAUGUGGGUAAAAGAAAUCUUCCUCUGGGCCUCAGGAACAGGUUUACAGAGCUUUAUGUACAGGAGCUAGAAAAUGAAGGAGAUCUGAGGAUCCUUGUUUCAGACUACCUGAAGUGCCUGAAUCCACCAAAGAGUGUUAUUAGUGGAAUCAUAAGUUUUUACCUAGCAGCACGGAAAGAGGCCGGCGCCCAUUUGACAGAUGGAACUGGUCACAGACCCCAUUACAGUCUUCGGACUCUGUGCAGGGCUUUAAAGUAUGCAGCUGCAAAUCCUUGCCACAGUGUGCAGCGAUCACUGUAUGAGGGUUUUUGCUUGAGUUUCCUGACUCAGCUGGACAGAAGCUCCCACCCUCUGCUUCAGAACCUGGUGUGUAAAUUCGUUCUGAUGGGAAACACAAAGUGCCUCAAACAGCCUAUUCCAGCACCUCCAGGUGGGACUUGUGUUCAAAUGGAGGGCUACUGGGUACCACAGGGGGAGAUGGAACCACAUCUGGACCCCAGCUACAUUCUCACUGCCUCUGUAAAACUCAACCUUUGUGACCUCGCUCGAGUGGUGUCUGCAGGGAAUCAUCCGGUGCUGAUCCAGGGAGAGACAUCUGUUGGGAAAACCAGCCUGAUCUGCUGGCUGGCUGCAGCCACAGGAAACCAGUGUGUGAGGAUCAAUAACCACGAGCACACUGACAUCCAGGAGUACAUCGGCUGCUACUCCUCUGAUGACCGGGGCAAGCUGGUCUUUAAAGAAGGUGUUCUGAUUGAUGCUAUGAGGAAAGGUUACUGGAUCAUUCUGGAUGAGCUCAACCUUGCCCCUACUGAUGUCCUGGAAGCUCUCAAUCGACUCCUGGAUGACAACAGGGAGCUGUUUGUAACUGAGACUCAGGAGGUCAUCAAGGCUCAUCCAAGAUUCAUGCUGUUUGCUACUCAGAAUCCUCCUGGUCUUUACGGUGGAAGAAAGGUUCUGUCCAGAGCUUUUAGGAACCGCUUUGUGGAGCUCCAUUUUGAUGAGCUGCCCAGUGAUGAGCUGGAGAUCAUUCUUCAUCAGAGGUGCAGCUUGCCUCCAUCUUACUGCACUAAGCUGGUCAAAGUCAUGCUGGACCUUCAGUCAUUACGCAAAGGAUCUUCUGUGUUUGCGGGUAAACAUGGCUUCAUCACGUUAAGAGAUCUGUUCCGCUGGGCAGAGCGCUACAGGCUAGAGGAGCAGACAGAGGCCUCUCAGGACUGGCUGCAACAUUUGGCAGAUGAUGACUGAUGGUGACGAUGUAAAGCUGUUUGAGUGGCAUGAUGGACCACUGGUGCUGGCCAUGAAGGAAGGAGGAGUGUUCCUCAUGGAUGAGAUCUCCCUGGCAGACGAUUCUGUGUUGGAGAGGCUCAACAGUGCUCUUGAGACAGAGAAGUCCCUGGUGUUGGCAGAGAAGGGCAGUGGAGACGACGACGAUGUGGAGCUGAUCAGAGCAGCUGCAGGUUUCCGUCUCGUUGCUACCAUGAACCCUGGAGGAGACUUUGGCAAGAAGGAGCUCUCUCCUGCUCUCAGGAACCGGUUCACAGAGAUCUGGUGCCCUCAGUCCAACGGACGCAGUGACCUGGUUCAGAUCAUCCAGCAUAACCUUCACUCUGGCCUCUCACUUCAUGGGGGCGACGUUGCAGAGCUGAUGUUAGACUUCAUUGAGUGGCUGGUCCAGCAGGACUUCGGUCGUCGCUGCAUCCUGAGCGUCAGAGACAUCCUGUCGUGGAUUAACUUCCUCAAUUCUGUGUGCGAGCCAGGCAGGAGCAGCUUCAGGGCUGAAGGGGCUCUGGAAGAAGCAGCAAAGUGGGACCUCAGGCUGGACACUGUUACAGCGUUUGUCCACGCUGCAUGUUUGGUGUACAUCGAUGGCAUCGGCUCAGGAACCACAGCGUGUUGCGCAGACGACGCUCUUUCAGCUCGUCGCAUGUGCCUGGGCUUCCUGCAGCAGAGGCUGUGUAAGAUGACCAGGCUGGACCAGGAGCUGAUGGAGACUCUUAGAGUCUAUGAUAGCAGUCUGCCACGGGAACCCCAGUGGGGGGAAGACUUCUUUGGCAUCAACCCAUUCUACAUUCCCUUAGGGCAUCAGGCUGUGAACUGCAGCCUGUCAGACUACGCCUUCACAGCAGGCACCACAGCAAUGAACGCCCAGAGGCUUCUGCGAGCUCUGAAGCUGAAGAGGCCAGUGCUGUUGGAGGGCUCCCCCGGUGUGGGAAAGACCAGCCUAGUGGCAGCGCUGGCCAAAGCUUCUGGAAACCCUCUGGUCCGAAUCAACCUGUCAGAGCAAACGGAUGUGAGCGAUUUGUUUGGAACAGAUCUCCCAGUGGAAGGAGGGAAGGGAGGAGAGUUUGCAUGGCGUGAUGGUCCUCUUUUGGCUGCCUUGAAGGCAGGCCACUGGGUGGUUCUGGAUGAGCUGAACCUGGCCUCUCAGUCCGUCUUAGAGGGUCUGAAUGCCUGCUUCGAUCACAGAGCUGAGAUCUACAUUCCUGAACUGGGCAUGAGUUUCCAUGUUCAGCACGAGAAAACCAAGAUCUUUGGCUGUCAGAAUCCAUUCACUCAAGGUGGUGGGCGUAAAGGAUUGCCCAAAUCUUUCCUCAACAGAUUUACUCAGGUUUUUGUGGACCAGCUGACCAGCAAAGACAUGGAGUUCAUCAUAGAUUCACUUUUCCCCAGCAUUGACAAGGAAAUUGUUAGAAAAAUGGUGGCGUUCAGUAACAGACUUGUUCAGGAGGUGUGUGGAGAGAGGCGGUGGGGUCAGAAAGGCAGCCCCUGGGAGUUUAACCUGCGGGACUUGUUCCGCUGGUGUGAGCUGAUGUUGAACGACCAGUCGAAAGCAUUUUUGAACCCAGGCCAGCAUGUAGCCUUGGUGUACGCUGACAGAAUGAGAACUGAGGCUGACAAGACUAAGGUGCUGCUUGUGUUCAGAGAGGUGUUCGGGGAUCUCUUUGAGCCUUACUGUGGCUCCAGACAUUUCCAGAUCACUCCCCUCAACGUGCAGGUGGGCUUCUCUGUGCUGGAUCGCAGCAGUGAAGCCCCAGUGGCCCUGGACCCCACACUGUCCAUAACACACCAGUGCUUGCAGCCUCUGGAGUCCCUGAUGAAGUGUGUGGAGAUGGGCUGGAUGACCAUACUGGUUGGUCCCACAGCUAGUGGGAAGACCAGUCUGGUGAGGCUGCUGGCCCUGCUGACAGGACAUCGGCUCAGGGUCAUGGGCAUGAACAGCGCCAUGGACACCAUGGAGCUCCUGGGAGGCUUUGAGCAGCUGGACAUCAUGCGACCAUGGCAGCAGGUGUUAGACAGCGUGGACUACACUGUGGCCACAGUAACAAGGAGUGGACUGAUGUCCUUUGAAGCUGGUGUCCAGGACACUGAGUUCCUGCUGCAGACGUGGGGUGAGUUCUCCCAGUGGGUGAGAAAGAACGGACUGCAGAAAACCGGGGUGACGAUCAACUCAGAGGCACUGGACCGACUGCAGGUCAUUAUCCUCCUGCUGCAGAAACUCAACACCAAACUCAGAGUAUUCACAGACAUGUCGAAGCUGCUGAUGGACUUCACUCUGCUGAAGAAGCGUCUGACUCAACAACAAGAUGGUUUGACUAAAGGAGGCUUUGAGUGGUUGGACAGCAUGUUGGUCCAAGCCCUUCAGGCUGGGGACUGGCUGCUUAUGGACAACGUCAACUUCUGCAGUGCUUCGGUCCUGGAUCGGCUUAACGCUCUCCUUGAGCCUAACGGAUGUCUCACCAUCAGUGAACGUGGUGUAAUCGAUGGGGAGACCCCUCAGAUCAGCCCACAUCCUGAUUUCAGGCUCUUCCUGACCRUGAACCCAGCACACGGGGAGCUCUCAAGAGCCAUGAGAAACAGGGGCGUCGAGAUUUUCCUUCCAGGGGAGCAUGAAGGGGUCUGCUGGGACUCACAGGACUUAAAGAGCCUGCUUCACACAGCUGGGGUGARCGGGGACUGUGUGUGCAAUUUACUUAUAGAAAUUCAUAAAGACAUCAAAUCUGCCAUCUGGGAUUCCCCUGCUUCCUCACUAACCUCCCUCCUCCAUGCUGCUGCUCUGCUGUCCGGCCAGCUGCACAGAGGUGUGGAUUUGCCCAGAGCCUUGCAGCGUGCCUGUGGAGAGGCCUACUCCUCUUGUCAGCGCAGCUCUGCCAGCCYAAAGCAAGCUCAGCUGGUGAUCGAGCAGCGUUUGUCCCUCCUGGAGUCUGAGGACUGGGGGAACGGUCUGCUGUGUGCCGGGGUCUGGCCUCAUGGCAUUCCCUCAGCCCUUCUUUCCACAGAGGAUUCCUGCUUUUCCUCCGUCCUCCGAGAUGGACAGCUCCUCUUGUUCUGCCUCAACUCUCUCAGUCUGCAGGGCAAACGGAAUUAUCCCUUGAGCCUGAAGGACCUGCAGCAGGCCUUGCAGAGCAGCYACAUCCAUGAGGACCUGGUGUUUCCUGCAGCAGUGCGGGAUCCUGAUGAAGGACAUGCUCUGAGACUUUUCCCCACCGCUGUCAGACUUGUGACAGAGAGAGCCUCUCAUGGAGACUGGCUCCUGCGCAGCAGCUGGCUCUCACAUCUGGGGAGGAGCCAUAAACACGCACCUGAGGCAGCUCUGGUCCAUAUGGAAGCAGGAAGCUGUGCUUUAACGGCUGUGUUCAGCAGUGAGCUCACUGCUAAAGGAAAAUCACUGGCAGUGUCGCUCCAGCCUCAAAGCACAGAUGAAUUCAGGAUUCUGUUGGACAUGCGRUGGAACAAACAGUACCUGGAUGUUCUUGCAAGCAAGUGCAACUUUGAAAAACAAGAGCAAUACUCAGAGAUUCUGGAGGCUAUGAAUGCAGUAACCAACAGGAUUGUUUUGAUGAUGCACAGAGAGGAGAAGGCAGUCCUCUGCUCUCAUGCUGCCAACAUGGCCGCCCCAGGCUCUGCUCUGAGAACAGCUGRAGCCUUCAGGAAAGGCUCUGUGGACAUCAGCCAGCUGCCACAUCCAGUCCUCAUGCACCUGCUGAGCCUCUUUGACAUUUGGGAUGCGUUUGUUCUACAAGCAGUGCAGACUGAAGACCCCCACAUUACAGAUCCCAUCUUAUAUGAGAUGCUGCAGAAGCUUCAGUGGAUGGAUCGUUUCUGGAGRGUGAGCCGCACGCUGCCGGCUGACGCUCAUGGUGUUUCUGUUCUCUCUCUGCACUGGCAGUGGGUGCAGAAACACGUCAUCCUCAGGCUUCCUCAGCUUCUUCUGGGAGACCCUGGCAUCACUUUAGAGUGGAGUUGGUGUCUGACUGCGCCUCUCGCCUGAGACUCAUGAGCAAGGCACUUGAUGUGAGUCACGUGGGGCAGGUUAGCUCGUCAGCUCUGCUCCGACUUCAGAAGGUUACGUUUAACCUGGACAUGAAGGAAYGCCUGCUUGAAGCAUGGGCUCUGGUUCUGUUAGCAAACAACCAGACAGAUCCACAGAGCACCGGGGUUCUGGAGAAGCUGCUGUGUAAAGUGGAAGCGCAGCAGUCUCWCAUGACGUUUCAGGGUCUCCUGGAGGUCCGCUCCAUGUCUGAGGAGGACGAAGAAGCAGCUGAAGUCCCUACGACCCGAGGGGAGCUGCUUCAGCUCGGCCACAGGGCUCGGCUCUGGCCGCUGAUGGAGGAAGUGGCUGUUCUCAACCAGCUGCACCUCACAGCAGACCUGCUGCUUCUCUCUCUGGGGCCGAG